AGAGAGAGAGAGGACCCAACAAAGUACCGGCGGAGGAAGUGAAUGAAGGUGCGACUGCCUGCGGGCGAGCCUCUGUACUCCGUCAGGUAAAGGAAAUUAUCAUUCAUGAACUGUUAUCCUCAGUAUCUUUAGCUCACAGAAGAAGUCAAAGUGUGUUUCUAACUAGUUAAAUAUCUCGAAUAUCGCUUCUCUGUCCUUGUUACAGUAGCUCCCGGUAAUGGAGUCCUUUAACUCAUCUAUCGACUAAUGUAAAGGGAUGUGAGUCCUAUUCUGACUCUUUCUAUGUGUUAUAACGUGAACAUUGACGUCUAAACCGAGUAUUUACGACUGUGCGUGAACGUUAUUUCUUUUAACGGAGGUCAUUUAACGGUGUCACUUAAACUCACUGAGGGCGAAACUACUUUGGUGAAACGUUACCUGAAAACGAAACGUCACUUUCAGGGGCUCGUGCGCAGGUAUGACAACAUUUCUGACAAUAAUAUAAACACCUGUAUGAGGUUGAUAGUCUUCCUCUGACCUCAUCUGACUUUGUUAGGAAUAACGAGUAGUCCUUAUAGCCUACAAGAGGUUCUGUUAUAUAGGUCAGUAUAAUACUGCAAUACUCAGAGUAUUAAGUGUUGAAACAUACCAGGAGAUACUUUAUAUUUUCCCCUGAGUCCAUACAGCCAAAGGCACAAAAAUAUGUGUAAUUCAAUGACUGUGAUUCAGAGGCUGUAAAUACUUGUCCUGGUUUCAAACUCUUGAUGUAAACAUUUGCCCCAUUUCUCUUUUUACAUAACUCUAUGUUAACUAAGACAGAGCACUGGUUUAUGUAAAGAAAGAGACAAACAGUUUGAAGCCAAAGCUCUCAUUGCACAGCUCAUACAAAAUCAGCUGAGUCAUUAUUAGAGGACUUAAUUUCUCAGGAAAUGGUGACUGAAAUGAGAAAUCUGCAGACUGAGUUUGACAAUAAUGGUCAAACAAACCAGUGGUUUAUUCAGAAUCACGUUGGACAAACAGGUAUAGACAAACGUGCAGGGACAGUGAAAGCUAGAUUUGUACUAAUCUUCUAAGUAGGAUUAACACCUUCUUAAGAUCUUCUCAGGGUGAGAUCUGGGUCUGCUGGAUUUGUUUUGGUGUUCUGGGGCGAUUUUGUAAUGUGGCAAAAAAAGAUUUAAGAGCAUGGACAUCUUUAGACAUUUCUGAUAAUACACUUUAUCCUCAAAAACAUCUGUAUUUUUAAUUUAAACUAUAAUUUAUGACAUUAAGCUAUUAUGUUGUUACAAGUCAACCAAUUUAAUGUUGAGGAUAGAAAGUGAAAGUAUAACAACCUCUAUGACAGUUUCCAAAAACUGUGGUCCUUAAUUUGGGAAUAUCUUAACAUUUAAACAAAAAUGUGAAUAAGUUGAUAUACAUUUUAAAAAUUUGAAAAAAAAAACUAAACUAAACAAAACAGUUGUUAUUUUUGGUGAUACUUUUUUAAAAGUUUUGAUGGACGAUAUCUUCUUCUCACAAGAUAAACAACUUGAAUGAACAGGAUAGAAAGUAAAAGUACAACAACCAAAAAUUGUUGUCCUUAUUUUUGGUAUAAUAUUUAAAUUUUAAAUACAGAUGUGAAUAAGCUGAUAUACAUUUUAAAAUUUCAACAGCUGAAAAAUUAAAAGAAAAUGGUUGUUGUUUUUGGUGAUAUUUUCUAAAAAGUGUUGAUGGACAAUAUCCUCGUCUCACAAGAUAAUUAACUUGAAUGAACAGGAUAGAAAUUGUUCUCUGACAGGAUUAUCAGUGGAUAGUCCACGAAAAGGUGCUGAUCAAAGCACCUUUUAGAGGUAAAGUGUGUUGAAACGAGAAUAUUUUGAAAUAUCUAGAGGUCAUGUCCCUGAAACGCUCCAUUGCUCAACCUUCCCUACUGGUGUAGCAAUGGUGGCCUUGGAGGACAAGAAGCUCCUGAAUGUGACCCUCAUUUUGUCAAGCUUUUGUCAUCUAAAACCUCUCGUACUGCUACCAUAGCAACAUGAUGGUGCAAGAUGGUGACCUUUUAGGAGGUGAAGUUAAACUAAUUGUGAGUUUGAAAAAUUUGAACCACUGUUGAGAUAGUUUAACACCCUUGUGACCGAUGUACCGCCAUCUUUGUUGUUUCCAAACAACCUCACAUUAAUGUGUGAAGUCCAUUUAGUAUCAUAGAGUCUGUACAUGCUGUUUUUCCUGGACCGAGUUUGUAUUGGUCGGUAGUUUGGAAGCUGUUCUCCAUAAUUUUAAACCCACACAGAAAACAGUAGAUCAUCAUCACACUUUUUUAUCUGUAUUCAGGCUUGAAGAGCUGCAGCGGAGCGGAGGGGUCUAGGUGAAGAGCUGUGGGAGUUGAGGCUUUUACUAAAUUUGGUUCGGAGCGUAGAUAGUGCAGACAGUAUGAAGUCAGCUCAGUAGAGAGAUCUGUUUGUGCUGGUUUUUUUUGUCCAAUCAUGGCUGAUGAUAAUCAUCCAGACACUUCUGCUUUGUCCCUUAAAAAGAGUAUUGGACAUUCAGCUGAUAAUGCUCUGUGGUUUGCAGGGGGAAGCUGAUAAUACUGUCGGAGUGUAAACACUGUGAUACUGUUAUCAGGCUGUGUCACAGGAGAGGUGCUCUACAACUUCAGCAAGAAGCCCCUGACCAGUGCUUAUUUUGGUUUUGAAACGCCUCUAUAGAAGGAUGACAAGAAUCACAUUAAAGGUUGGGUAGACAGGAUUCUGUUAAAGAAGCAUCUUUUGGUUUAUAUACAAAAAAGCUUUUAAUAUCAGUCAAUCGCUAUUAGUCAUUGAUGACAUUUGGGAAUAUAACGAUGCUGCUGUGUUUUGUUAUGUCUGUGUAGUCAACAUUUUAAAUCUUUUGAGCAGUCCGCUCUUUCGGACUGUAAAUAAAGCCAUUCUCUGCCUCCUCCGACCUGAUUGGUUGUGAGGUGGACGCUGCUCCCCGUGUUGUUAACAAGCCCAAACACAGUUAGCGUGCUACAAUAUCGGACAGUAGAAACCAACCAGAAAGUAUGAAAAAUUGUCAGAAUCCUCCUUUGGCCACGACUGCCAACAUAAGCAAGAAAAUGAAGUAAAUACCGGAGACUCUGGCGGAAUAACAGGCGCUUAAAAACGAGGUAGACCGGACAAGAGCUAAAAAGGCGGGUUAACAUCAGUGAUUAAAAGGUGGGGGAUGCUUUGGGAUCUGUGACCCUUCUGCUGGACAGGUAAACCGCUUUAACAAAGUAAGCCAAGUGUCUGUAACAGAAGUGUUUCUUGUCAAACUGUUUACCUCGGGUCCUGGUCUAUGUCACUUUAUCCUAGUUGUAGAAGUCCUGCAAACGUGUUUGUUGGUCGUCUGUUGGCGUCUACAGUAACACCAAUGCUCUUUAAUUUCAUGUUGACUGGGCCUUGUUUGUAAUUAUCUGAAGUAUUUAUCUGCAUUAUAUCUGAAUUUAAUUGGAACGAUACGAGCGAGCAGGAGCGUCUGUUUGUGGGCGGGGUUUGCUGGAGCAGAGAGGGAGGAGCUGAGGGGAAAACUGGUUGGGAGGGGUAGAGUUUCUCCCAAAAAACUGGCACUUCCUCAGAUCCUGCCUACCCCACCUUUAAGAGGAAAAUUCAAAAACCCAGCAGGUCUCCAAAGUACCUCAAGGGGUAGAAGUGCUCCUGUUUGAGAAACAAUGUCGUAAAACUAAAUGCAAGGGGUAAUAAUUUCAACUUUAUGGGAAAAUGAGUCACUGCUUUUUUGUUCAGACUAAAUUUAAGCCAUGAUGAAUCCUCUAAAACACUCAAAAUGUGAGGUCAAAUAAUCAAAUUUGGAGAAGCAGCUUCUUAAGCGCCUGCUCUGGGUGCACAUGCCUCUGGGUGAGUGGCUAUAUUCCAGUUUAACCAGACAUGGACAACAGACAAUGUUAUCUACAUUUCUGACAUCAAAAUACUACCGAAACAUGCUGCACUCUGAGAUCUGGCAUUGUAUAUUCUUGUUUACACCUGAGUAGGAGAGAAUUAUACUCCAGUCAUAGUUGCCAAAUCACUCAUGUAUCCCAACACGAUCCUGGUGUAAUUAUACAAUGCUAUGCUCCAAAAUAAUGCUAGCUAGCUUGCACAGUAUUGAGUGAGCAGCCUGAGCAUGUUAGCACUGUUAUUUUUAGCUUGGUAAAGUUACCCUCUGAUGAUGUCCACUGAAUGUACGGAAAUAUGUUGAGUGCUCCUUGACUUUUCAUGCCGCUGCACUUACUGGUCAGGGUUAACUUAGCUUGUGAUCUGAACAGCUCACCAGAUUCCUGUUGGCUUUAGCCGCACUUCAGUGGAGAUGAAUGCAUAAUGUAAUACACAGCUUGACAGGAGCUAGCAUGACAAGUGAAAUGCAGCUUCUUGUAGGAAUUUGUAAUUAUUAUAGAGUAAAUAUUUUAUCGAUUGUUAAACUCAUGGUUAUUUUCUCCUUGUUUUUUCUGUAGAAAUCAACAGUUGAGGUUUGUUGUAAUGGGGGGCCGUGCUAAGAGGGGUUAUGUAAGGGUUUUAGGGCUCAGGCUCGGGGGGUACUUCAGAGAGUUUGUGCUUCAUCAGAGGGGUUAGACAGGUUUGCUUAAGCCUUGGUGCAUGGCUGAAGAGGACAGGGGAGAAUAAAAGGCCUAAGUGCAGCUCAGUCCUGUUGGAGUAAAAUGGAGUCCUCAGGGCGGUUACCUGUACUGGAGCGUGACCAGCACCUGAGGUCCCCUUGGACUCUGGUGAGUUAGGGAGCUGUAGUUUCUGUUUCAAUUACAAACUAAGAGAUUUUCUCUGUAAAGCUGUCUUGUUUUGCAUAAAUAGGGUGUUAUUGACUCAAUGUGCAUGGUAUAUCCUUUUUGAAUAGUGCAGUAUUGCUGUCUGUCCUGUCCAGUAAACCUGACCCUGAUUUCAUCCUUGUUCUAACUUUAACCUUGGCCCAGUUUUAUUUCUAGGUCCAUUUCUUACUACGUCUUAAUUGAUGUUUCCUAACUCUGUAAAUGCAAAAAUAGCUAAAAUUUAGAUUGGAGACCAGUUAAAUCUACCUCAAGUUAUGAUUUUCUUAAAGAUGAUGCAAAAAACAGGCUCCAAAUCAAAGUCCAAAUCAACUUGUAUGAAUAAAUAUGCGUGCAAACACGUGUAGGUCAGUAGAGAUUUGGUGAUACACAGUUGUAAUGUGAUUAUGAGUCGAUUAUGUAUUAGAAAUUUAUAUUAUGCCGAGAGGAAAAGCUGUCAUGUUUGUUAGUCCUGUUACGUAAGAGGUGAUCAUUUCAUAACAGCUAUUUAAUUUCAGUCAGUCUAACGUUGGACCAUUUUUCCCUUUGCCUGCUGUUGAGGGCAUUAAAGAUUUGCACAGAGAUCGGCAGUCUUAGAGACUGAAUGGUUUCAAAGUCCAUCCUGCUGGUCUGCAGGUCUGAUUUCAUCAGUGCAGUCCAUUGCUCUAAAUCCAGAAUAAAGUAACCACAAGAUGACACCCACAUGAUUCAUGAGGUGAAGUGAAGAGCAACCAGGUUUUGAUAAGGAGUAACUUUGCAUAAAAGAAUCUGGUAAAUAAUGGAAUAAUGCAACAUGGAGGUAAAGUUGUGUACUAAGUUCAUGCCGCAGAUACACAAAAAACAAUCCUGACAAACCUGACGAGGAUCAGGUUAGGCUAAAUUUGUCUGAACUUUGUUACUUUCAUCAAAAAUGUAUGUUUAUUGUUGUUUAAAACAGCGUAUUGUCACAAGGAAAGAUUUCAUAACAAGUGAGAGUCAUAGUAUAGCAUAAAGUUUGAACUAUACAGCAGAGCGAUGUCACAAGUUAUCUUGUUUUUUUGAUGCCUCUGCUGUCCUGGACAUGCAAAACUUUUAUUAUACACAAUCUAAGCUUCUGUUAACUCAUGUUUAUUGUAGUAAUAAAGUACAAUAAGGCUAUAGCUUCAUGAACUCAGAGUGAUUGGGUCACUGUGGCACUGAAGCACGAGGAUAACCUGACUCAGUAACCAGGGUAGAUAACGGCUGAGUCAUUAAAGGUGCAGUGUGUAGAUUUUAGAAGCUGAACAAACUUGAUAAGAAUGAAAUUAGAUAUUCAUCUUUUGUUUAAAUCAGUGUGAAACCACCUGGAUAUGAAAAUGAUUUGUUUUUAAUAAGUUUAAAUAGGUAGAGACAUUUUUGAAGGGAAAAAAUAAGAUACUUGACAAUCUUUAAGAAGCAUCACAGGAGCUUUUUGUCCUUGAAAAGCUUCUCCAAAGGGAAGGGCAGGCAAGGGAGUGAUUUAUGAAUCCAACCAACUUGCAUAUGAUGCACAAAACUGCACUAUUAUUAACAUGUUAUUAGAGUAAUAAAUGUCAUGAAAAUAACCCGUAAAGAUGGCUUUAUUGAUCACAAUUGGGAACUUUAUUACUCCAAAGUGUGUUACCCGCUCAGCCUGCUCUCUUUGGUUUGUCAUCGCCUGAUUUAGCCUCCCUCAGCUCAGGACUCUUUUUUUUUGAGGGAAGUGGGACAGAACCGCUGUGCUUAGAGACCAGCCAGCAUUGCCUUUGCAGACUAUUUUGAAUAACAGGAACUUGACUUCUAGGACAGCGGCCUUGUAAGGUUGAAAAAGACAGUAGCGUGAGGUUUUAUCCGUUCAGUAAUCCAGGUAUGUUUUAAGCCUUCUUGCGGGAUCUAGAUGGAGUGCAUUGUGGCUGUUGUUAAAGAGCGUUUUUGUCAACAGGUCGACACCAUGAACUACGUGGGGCAGCUGGCGGGCCAGGUGCUGGUGACGGUGAAGGAGCUGUAUAAGGGGCUCAAUCAGGCCACGCUGUCAGGCUGCAUUGAUGUGAUCGUGGUGCGACAGCCUGAUGGGACGUUCCAGUGCUCGCCUUUCCAUGUCCGCUUUGGGAAACUGGGGGUGCUGCGCUCCAGGGAGAAAGUAGUAAGUGCCCACGAUACCCAAAGGAAAAUCUUAUCAUUGCUGUCUUCGUGGUGCUUACUUUUUUUAGCUUUUUGGAGAUGAUACAGUUUGAGUUUUCAUGCCCGUGUGCUGUGGUGAUCUGCACAUUGAUUUCUUCUCUCUGUCUCUCUCUCUAAUGACUCCCUGCUUCUCUGCUUUCCUUUCCAAGUAUCUCACUGAACAUUACCAACCCAUCCAAUCCAUGCGCUUCCUCCCACAAGCACAGACAGCCCUUUUAUCUCUAUUUAUAGACCCUGUUGAGUCGUCAGCUGACCACUAAGGUGGGAUGCACAGACUAAAGCUCAUUUUAGCCACUUAUUCAAAGCUUGUAAAGAUUCAUCCCAUUCAGAAAGCGUCUCAGGGGGUCAGUCUUAUCAUUACAAGCUUACCGGUAAGCCAGACAGUUCAGAAAGUCAUCUGUUGUUGUUAAAAUAUCAGAAUCUAGCAGACAAUUUAGCGUCUCAGUUUGUUUCUUGAUGCAAAGAUAGAAAAAAAAGUGGUUAUAUCUUAGAAACUCUGUGCCUGUUACGUGUCUGACCCUUUUCCAACAACCUAAUUCCACUCAGGCAGCCCACUUCUGAAUAAAAACCCUGUCUGUUUAAUAAAUGGAUAGAAACUCGCUGCUGAAAAUAGCAAGCAUUCGCACAGGCUGUUCCCUAUUUCUCCGUGGCUUAACUCUUAAUUCUUCAGGUAAAUCUGCGGCACAGUUUGCUUGUGAGUUGAACGAACACAAUGAGGCAUUGUUAGGAGAGUUUCUCAGCAGAAGGGUGUUGUUUGACUUUGCAGAUUGAUAUAGAAAUCAAUGGAGAGCCUGUGGAGCUACAUAUGAAACUCGGAGACAAUGGAGAAGCCUUUUUCGUCCAGGAGACAGAGCAGAACAACGUGAGUGAUGAACCGUAAAAGACCGUGAUACAUUUCCCUAUUUGGUCAAAACCAUAGACUGUAUAUAUUAUGGACAACUUGGUUCUGCCUUACACCAGUAACUUUUUUCACUCCCUGGAAACAGGAGGUGGUCCCGGCCCACCUGGUGACCUCGCCCAUCCCCACAGAGGAGGCUAUGUUCUGGAGCAGAGAGCCCAGAUGUGGGGGGUCAGCGGUAGAGAACGGUCAGCCUGUGAGUGCAGAAGACCCGGCCUGUGGAAACCUUCAAAGCUGCUCAAGCACAGCCGGGAAGAAGAGGAAGAGACGCAGGAGGAAGCACAAAGCCGAGCCUCGCAAAGAGGAGCAAACGCCAGGAGGAGGAGGAGGAGAGCAGGAGCUGUGUGAGCUCAGCUCAGAUGAUGAGCACAACGCACACAAUGGACGGUGAGUAAACAGUUUAGAAGUGAUAUUUUUAGCUGUUUCUUUGAUUUGACCUCUUCUUUGUUUUAUUAUUUGACCUCAGGACGUCUUCACUGUCCCUGAUGAAGGACAAUAUGGACCACAGGCAGCAUUCCCCGCUCACCACCCUCGAAUGGGACAGCUACCCUUUCUCUGACGGAGACUGGUCCCCCUGCACUAUGUAUGCAAAUACUCACACUGUUUAUCCACGCACACAGAAAACACAAAGUUUCCAAUCUGCUUAUCAAAACAGGCUGAGCCGAACAAAUCUCUCCCACAAGGUCCACUUUUCUGACUCAGUGGAAAUGUUGUGUUUGUUUACAGCAGGGAGAUGUCGGAUCCCUCGUCACCCAAGAGUGACUCUGAGCUGAUGGUGAAGCCCACAGAGAGCAUGCUCAGGGCCGAGGCCCACAUGCAGUGGAGCUGGGGAGAGUUUCCAGAAUCUACCAGGGUGAGGAUCACGUCUAGAUUAGUGUGAAUGAUUUUAGAAAUGCAUGCUGGAUAACUCAAACAUUUUUGUGCUCAUCUUUCUUGCAUCCAGGUGAACAAAAAGGAGAAAUCCGAGCCAAAAACACUGACCAUUACUCCCUCAGAGAGCACGCACUUCAGGGUUAUUUUGAGCGCUGAAGCCAUGGAGGAAGAGUCCAAAGGUGACGGAAGAAGCACAGAUCCUGUUUGCAGUAUUGUGAAGCCAGAGCCUCGGACUGUCAAAGUGGAUCAGAGCAGCUGUAAACCACAGCCUCCCAGAGAUACCAACAUGACCAAGACAGACCUUUCAGAUUUAAUCCCCUGCAGUAUUAUUACCUCUGAAACUCACGCCACAGACUCUGAAGUCAGCACUAAGGGUGCACACAAGACCAGGUGGAAGUCCUCGCCUCCCAACCGCAGAGACAGCAGCUUUGCGGCCAGUGGAGGCACGAACACGGACUCGACUGGAACUAAUCCUGAUUCAAAAGCCUCCUCUAAAAUGACUGACACCCCCAGCAAGAGGAGAAGUAAAUCAACUUUAACACUUGUUUAAUACAGGGUGUGAUUGUUUCUGUGUGCUUUUUACCUGAGGACUAGUAUAGGAACAUUACAAACAAGGGGUCAGACAGCGUCCUGGCUAUUUCAAACGUACACUCUAAAGGUUGCAUGUGUGUCUCAACAAAGCAGGAUUCUCUCAAGCAGCUGGAUUGGGAUUGGGAGGAGCGCUGAAUGUUUUACUUUAUUAAAAAAUAAGGACUGACCUUACUUUAAAUAUGCAAUCCCCACCUCGCAGUCUCUCAAGAUAAUAUUUUUAUGGCAGGCAUAAAGAAAGUGUACUGUUAUUAAAAUAAUGAAAAACAUAAGGAGAAUAUGGGAAGAACCACAUGGGAUCAAAGUUUGGAUGAGAACUUUCCUUUCUUCAUAUUUAGUUUACAUUACAGUUUUCUGGUCAAGUUAUCCAGACCUUUACGGGGUCCAAAAGACUUUAAAAUAGUUUAUUUCUUCAUUUGUUCCUCAGUUCAGUGACUCUCGACUCUCCAGCCAGUUUGAAUGUACGGAGCGUGAAUGUUAACAGGAAGGAUGUGGUUUCUGUUUCAUGCUCCAGUCUGUAUUCUGCGUCUAGGGCUUUUGCUGCACAUGCUCAAGUCUGCAAUUUCACAGUUAUGUCUGGUUCUGCUUUCAUUUAGGUGUGAGAAAGAGGAGCCAGCAUCAGGGACCUGAGGACAUUUACCUAGAUGACCUGAAUGCACUUGAGCCGGAUGUUGUGGCCCGAUACUUCCCAAAGAGGUAUAAACCUGGGAGAAGUGAUACCAUCCAGUUUGGGAUGGUUGAGUUUUGAUGAGAAGCACUUUGCUCUGUAGCAACUUCUGGUUUGUAUAGAAAAGAAAAAGACUAGAGUUGAAAUGGUGAUCCAGGUGUUAACGCGUUUAAUUCUGCUGGUAAAAACAGUCAUUUUAACCAUUUUGGCCCAAGUGGACACCUGAGGAACUGCAGGGUUGGCUUCUUCUUUUCAACACGAGAGGAUGCCACUCGCUCUCUUCACAACAUCCUUGUGUUUCUGUCUCCUCAGUGAGUCUGAGCAGGUUCCUAAACACUGGGUGGAGAUGGGGCGCCGCUCUGGAUCACAGUCCCCUCAGUCUGUUGGCAGCGCAGCAGCAGACAGCGGCACAGAGUGUCUGUCUGACUCUGCCGGCGACCUCCCUGACGUCACCCUGUCGCUGUGCGGAGGCGUUGGCGAGAACUCAGAGAUCCCUAAAGGUAAUCAGCUGUCUGUGCUUUCACCUACGAAAAUUGAAAUGAACGGAAAAAUACUUCACAGCUCUCUUCUGCAUCUUCGCGGUAACGUUUCAAUCUGACCUUAUUCACCUCAUUUUCUAACUCAACUUUUCUGUUUUUCACAGAAAAAUUCAUGGAGCACAUCAUCAGCUAUAAUGAAUUUGCAGAGAAUCCAGCGAUAAUCGACAAUCCCAACUUGGUGGUUAGAAUUUCUAACAGGUAACUCUUGUCAGUAUUAUUUUUCAGACAUCUAUUAUAGUAUUUCUACCUGUCAAAACUGACUUUUCUGGAGUGAUUAUUGCAAAUCAAGAUAUCCAAAAGGUCGUGAUUACACCAUUAAUGUCACUUUGGUCAUUCAGUUUAAGGUGUCCACAUUGUCAACAUUCUGAGAGUUAAUCUCCCUUUUCAGAUACACUCAGCCAAGAUGUUACUAGUCAAAGUUUUAAUUUUUAAUAUCUUUAAUCAAUAAUUAUUCCAACUAUGCAAUAACAUACUUUUAAAUAUCUAAAACUGAAAUUAUAACAUAUAAUAUUUGUUUUUUGGUAUCCAAAAUGAGUUUUUUUUCCCCUCAAGAGUACCUUUUAGUAUCUGAAACUCUCCUUCUGGACAGAUAGGUAGCUUUGCAGAGUCUCGAUACACAUUAAUGGGUAAAGUGACGUUAGUUUUGGUAAAACUCUGGUAUCUGAAAUGUUAAUUUUUGCCAGAAUUAACUUAAUUACAGUGUUCUGUACCAGACAUCCCCUCUUGCUAUCAAAUGUUGAAAUAUCCGUUUAAACCUUUUAUCGAGUUAAAGCUUUCAUUUAAUUUAGACUCAGAGGAAGGAAAGUUUUAGAGAACAGGAAAGGAGUGGAAACAUCAGUAGAGAUAUCUUGAAACGCCACUCUGAUAAGAAAGUAAAACACACACAAUAGAGGCGUUUCUAGUCAAACAUCUAAAACUGUAUUUUAUAUUAAUAUCAGUAGCAACAUGUAUAUAAGCUAUUAUAAGUUUGGGUUUUAAAAAAUUCCAUCAUGGAUAUCUGGGUUUUUUUGUGUCAUGUGGGAGUUUUUCCUGGAAAUAACUAUAUUGCACAAACUCUAAACGGUGAUUCUGUUUUAUGAGAAGAUUGUAAAUAUCUAGAACGAUUAUUGUGGGUGGGAGGAUCAUUCAAGUGCAUAUCUUAAAAUACAAUUCAUGCCUGCGAGAAUUGUACAAAAAUGAUGCUCACUUGUACCAUAACAAGUUAAAAAUCACUCUUUUGUCUCUGCUCAAUGCUUCAAGUUAAAAAUCAUUUCUCUCUCAGGUAUUACAACUGGACCCUUGCAGCACCGCUGAUUCUCAGCAUGCAAGCUUUCCAGAAGAACUUACCAAAGGUAGUAUCCUCCUGGUCUAUAGUGUUUCUAGUGAUGCUUCACUGUAGCUGAACAUCAUAUUUAUUCUCAUUUGAUUUCUUUGUGUGUUUGCAGGCUACAGAGGAAGCCUGGGUGAAGGAGAAGAUGCCCAAAAAGUCUGGACGGUGGUGGUUCUGGAGGAAGAGCAGCGUGAAGCAGGUACUGAGUGUGUGACUCAGACUGAAGUCUUAUGAGUCACACUUCCAUCAGUGACGGUCAGUGGGAAUCCCACACUGACUGAGCCGCUUUGAAUUGUAAAUGACUCCAAACAAAUGAGGAACAUGUUACCCAAAUGCCUCUAACUACUUUGUUUUCCAUUAUUACAUCAGGACUUGUAGGUUAGAAAAACAAGCUGAUGUUUCGGUGAGAAGCUUUUUUAACUCCGUCUCUUCCUCUCCUCAGUCGUCAUCAGACACGAAGUCAGAGAGCCAGGAGUCUCCGAGCAGCGACAGCCCUGCCCUUCGCCGGGCCCCAGAAACACAGUGAGUCAGCAGCAAACCUCCAGCUUCCUCCCUCGCUCACAAACACAAGCAGUGUUGGGCAAACAUGUCCCACUGAGGCAGGAUUAGCAUGUCAGUUAGGCCCCUCUUUUUAUGACUCAUAAAUUAAUCAUUGGGAUAUUCCUUUUCCAGGCAGGGUGACUGUGGUUUGUGUCAGAGAUGAUUUAUAAAGCAUGAAGUUUUAUCCACAAACAAGAAGUCCAAAAAACAACCACAAGCUGCAUUUAGUGAUAAGCAGAGUAAGGUCACAGGAGUCGGUCUGCUGCCCUCUAGUGGCUGCAAAUGAUUCUGCAGGGCUUUUUCAGAUCAAUUAUUGUCUACAACCCAGGAUGACUCAUUUUAUAUUGUUUUUAUUGGCCGGUAAAAGCUGUUUCUCCCCUGCAGACGAAAAGCAGCGGAGUGGUCCAGCGAUGACGAGACCAAAGAGCUGAAUGCUGUGGCUCCUGCUCAGAAACCUGCUGAGCAUGUGCAGAGUGAGAGCCCUGCUGCUGCACCCUGUCACUCCUACAAGAAAUCACUCCGACUGUCAUCUGACCAGAUAGUACGACGUGAUUUCUUUAUAGCUAUUUGCAUGUAAUAAGUUUAAUAUUUGGCAGUAUGGCUGUGCUAUGAGAUGAGAUGCUAAAGCUUCAAGUGGAAAGAGCAAACCUCCUCUUUGUUUUCUGUGUGCAGAGUAACUUAUUUCAUAUCUCUGAAUCAGACCAUGCCACAAGGAUGUAUGGGAAUUUAUACAGUCAUUUUCAUCCCUUUCAGGCCAGUCUGAAGCUGAGAGAUGGACCAAACGACGUCACCUUCAGCAUAACCACUCAGUACCAGGGGACAUGUCGCUGCGAGGGAACGAUCUACCUGUGGAACUGGGACGACAAAGUCAUCAUCUCUGACAUAGAUGGCACCAUCACCAAGUAUGAUUGUCUUAUUCCAAACAAUGUCUCACAUCAAUCAGAUGCUGACAGGCGCUAAAAAUCUUCAUCUGGUUGUUUUACUUCAUAAAAUUGUUGUUUUUCUUCUCUCAGGUCAGACGUGUUCGGUCAGAUCCUCCCUCAGCUUGGGAAGGACUGGACUCAUCAAGGAAUCGCUAAGCUUUACCACUCAGUGCACGAGUAAGACACAGAUAUCUGUUCUCCUUCGUUAUUGUUCUAUAAGCAGCACUUAAACUGUGAAUCCUUUAACACAUUACUUUCAACCACAGGAAUGGUUAUAAGUUUCUGUACUGUUCGGCCCGGGCGAUCGGCAUGGCGGACAUGACUCGAGGGUAUCUGCACUGGGUGAACGACAGAGGGACCCUGCUGCCUCAGGGACCCCUCAUGCUCUCCCCCAGCAGCCUCUUCUCGGCCUUUCACAGGUAUCAAAGUCUCAGCCAGCAGCUCUGUCAUGGAAAGACAGCCGUAGAAUUCAUCACAAGAUUUAAGAGGGAGAUUGUGUAUUUAAAAAGCAGUCUUAGCUAUUUAAGCAAACUUAGUAAGAGGCGCCCUCAAUUUAUUUCCCCUAAAUGUUCUAUUUUAAAUUAUUCUUUGUGAUUAUCUUCUCAGAGAGGUUAUUGAAAAGAAGCCUGAGAAGUUCAAGAUCGAAUGCCUCACAGACAUCAAGAAUCUCUUCUUCCCAAACACAUUUCCUUUCUACGCAGCAUUUGGAAACAGAGAAAAUGUGAGUUACAUUUCCAUCCUUGUUUUUUGUUACUUUUUCUCCCAAACUGGUGAUAUUUUUAAGCGCCAUUUCUUCCAAAAUGAUCCCGAUUAUUCUGCUUCAGGACGUGUUUGCCUAUAAGCAAGUGGGUGUGCCCGUGUGUCGGAUAUUCACUGUGAAUCCCAAGGGCGAGUUAAUCCUGGAGCAAGCCAAAGGCAAUAAAACAUCGUAAGUCUGAACCCUCACUGGAGUCAUUGUUUGUGCUUGUGUGACAAUCAUUUAUUGUUCCCUGAUGCUGGUUUUUAUUUGCAGAUACAGCCGGCUGAGCGAGUUGGUGGAACAUGUUUUUCCUUUAAGAAGUUCCCAACAAAACGCCACCUUCAGCUGCCCGGAGUUCAGCUCCUUCUGUUACUGGAGGCAGCCCAUCGCUGAGCUGUGCUUAGAGGAGCUGCUCUUACUCUAACCACUCUCAAUGUUUUCAUGAAGGACUUGAAUUUAAAGGAACUCAGAGGCAGUCAUUCCUCCAUCUGCACUGAUUUCAUACUGAUAAUUCUUUGUAAUGCCACUGGAGUAGUUUGUUUAUGUCUGAGACGUGUUCUACUUUUAAAAAAAAAUAUUUGGUUUGUUGACAUUUGAGGAGUUUUCCCAUCACGCAUUUGCAGAGUUUUCCUGGAGCUCGAAAGCCUUUGAGAAAUCAGUUUGUCUUCUCACCUGGAGUUUAUUUGUGAGAAGAUUCCCACAGCAGAAGCACUCACUCAUAUCUUAGAGGUUCAGCUACUGUUAGAAAAGAAACUGAAAAAGCUGCUCAGUAUAAUGAUUUCAAAUACUGACUGUGCCUCACUUCUGCUUCCUGACGUUGAACUAUCUAAGUUAUUCUCCUCUGUCCCUUAAGGCCUUAUUUAGUCUAAUGCAGUCGUAUAAAAAUGUAUAAAUGUUACCAUUUUUGUUUUAAACCUCAAGUAUAUUUGCACUUUUAUGUUCAGAAACAGAGAAAUGACUUUCUUAAACUUGAUUAUUGAUAAAAUAGUACACAAUAAAAGCACUUUAUGAGCUGUAGAUACUGCCAGGCUUGAUAAGUAUUUUUCCUUAUAAACAUAAACAUAGGAUUAAAGUAGAAACUAUUUUUGAUGAAAUUUGAAACAAAUCUCUGCUGAUGUUUGUUUGAUUUCCUCGCAGAAAUAUUGCAGUCACUUAUUGUCAGGCUUUUUUUUCACUGAGUCACACCUGCUGGUAAAAUGAAAUGAUUUCUUUCUAUGAAAGUGAAUAUCUUUGUGUGAAGAGAGCACACAGUAUUCCCCUUGUUUAGCUGCUUCAGGUGUUUUCAGUGGACUUUCAGGAUUACUUUGUGGUAAUCUAGAUCACAGUUUUAUCAAACAGUGUAAGCACAAAGUCUGUCUGUGAUGACUGGAAAAUAAAACUGUGUCAAACUGUUUAAA